AUGCACGGUUACAGCUCAUCCGAAGAGUCGGACGACCCUCGUCGUCCGCGCUCGCAACCGGCCUCGUCAGGCAACAACCAGGACCAGAAGAAGAAGCGGAAGAAGAGACUGCCGCCCCAGCAGUCCAUCAACAAAGUAUGGAAGAAGUUUUCGAACCGCAAGUUUCACAAGGCGCUUUCAGUGCUUCCCUUUGACCCCGUUGUCGCACCCCGGUCGGGGUUGGAUCGGCCGAACGAGUUGAUCUCGGAAGGAUACGAGCGGGCUGCUGAAGAAUGCCGGCGCAAAGUCCAAAAGAUUGUCAAGGAGUGCAAGAGAGUCAAUAUGAGAUACCGUGACCCUGGCUGGGAUCUUGACUGGGAUUUAAAGUACGAAAAGGGUAACACGCUCAACUACAUUGGCACCAACAAGUUUGAGGUUAGCAGAUCUACUCUGCUGGGCUCCAAAUCUGUUGUCCCAAAAGCCGUCAAGAGAGUUCAUGAGAUUUUCGACAAGCCCAAAUUCAUGGACCCUGUCGACGGAAGCGAUGUGAAGCAAGGAGGCCUCGGCGACUGCUGGCUCAUGUCCAGCUUGACUGCAUUGGCUAGCGUCGAAGAUGGCGUGAAGCGCUGUUGCGUCGCUUAUGAUACCAAAAUCGGCAUUUACGGAUUUCUCUUCUACAGAGAUGGAGAGUGGGUCUACUCAAUCGUCGACGACAAGCUGUAUCUCAAGUCUCCCUGCUGGGACUCACCGAGCAUGCAGCGUGACCUUCUCCAGCAGAUCGACCGCGAAGACGUUGAAUCUGUCUAUAGAAAGACAUAUCAGACGGGCUCCAAGGCACUCUUCUUUGCCCAGUGCAAGGACCAAAACGAGACCUGGGUGCCGCUCCUCGAAAAGGCCUACGCGAAAGCUCAUGGAGACUAUGCCUCGCUUUCGGGUGGCUGGAUCGGAGAGGGUUUGGAGGAUCUUUCCGGCGGAGUCACCACUGAGCUGCUUACGUCUGACAUUCUCGACCUCGAUGAAUUCUGGGACAAUGAAAUGUCCAAGGUCAACAAGGAGUUUAUGUUUGGCUGCUCGACGGGCCUCUUGGAUUAUGGCUACGGACAGCGUGAUGGCAUUAGUGAGGCCCACGCUUAUGUCGUCACCGAUGCCCGUACUCUUAAGUCAGGCCAACGCCUGGUAAAGCUCCGCAACCCCUGGGGAGAAAUCCGCAAGGGCCUUUGGGAGGGUCCAUGGAGCGACGGCUCCAAGGAGUGGACCGCCGAAGUUCAAGAGGAGCUGGGACACAAGUUUGGCAGCGACUCGGUCUUUUGGAUUUCCUUUGAAGACUUGGUCCGCAAAUACACUCACUUUGACCGGACUCGCCUGUUCAGAGACCCCGACUGGCGGUGCUGCCAGCGCUGGAUCGGCGUCGACGUUCCCUGGAAGGCCGAGUAUCAUGAAAAGUUCCGCAUCAAGCUGACCAAGGACUCUCCCCUGAUUCUCGUUUUGUCUCAAUUGGAUGGCCGAUACUUUAAGGGUCUCCAGGGCCAGUAUAGCUUCCGCCUCCACUUCCGCCUCCACUACGAAGACCGACCUGAUGCGGAAGAUUACAUUGUGCGAUCUCACGGCAACUACUUCAUGAAGCGAUCCGUCUCAGUGGAGCUCCCAGAUCUUCCCGCUGGAAACUAUACCGUUUAUCUCAAGGUAACUGGCCAGCGUGACCAGGAGCAGCCAUCCGUGGAGGAGGUGGUCAAGAGAGAAAGCCAAGGCCGCGUUGAAAACGAAAAGCUGGCGCAAGUUGGAUAUGCCUACGACCUGGCACACAGCAAGGCGUGGGAGCACAUGGACAAGGUCGCCAAGAUCCGCAAGCAGCGAGACCAACAAAAGGCUUCCUCGUGCCGCCAGCAGGAGCGUCGCAGGCAGUGGGAGAGGCGUCACAUCAGCCGUGAGAUCACCAAGAAGCAGAAGCAGAAGAAUGGUGAGAAGAAGGAGCGGAAGAAAGAGCUCAAGAAGAAGGAAGCCGAGGAGAAGAAGCGACCGGAUGUUGUUGAGCCCACCGUCGAGAUCAAGGAAAAGUCUGAAGAUGCGGAAGAGAAGGAUUCCCUCGCUGCAUCCAUUGACGCCAUCGAUGUUGGCAAACUUUCGCUCAAUGACAUCAACGACGGCUCGGAUUCUGAUUCUAGCGGUUCACCUACGGACACUCCAAAGUCGGAGGAAGCCAUCGUCUUCCCUUCGCCUUCAGAAGAGAAGGAAGACGUGCCGCCGAUCAGCGGAGCCCCCCCUGCCUCGGAAGACGCAGCUGAUGAGUCCAAGCCGGCCGCUGACGCUGAGGAGAAGACAACGCCAGCUGAAGAUGCUGCACCUGCCCAAGAAGAAUCAGAUGGAGACUCGUCCGACUCCCCCGUCGAGGACUGGGAAGAGCUGUAUAGCAGCGACGACUACACGCGCAAGCCCAGAUCGUUCCCGUAUCCCAGCCCCGCAGCGCGGGACGACUACGAUACGGAAGAGGAGAAGAUGCCGGCGCCGUGGAACGCCGUGUGCAUCGUGGGCAUCCGCGUCUACUCCAAGGACUCUGAGCUGGAGCUGUUGACGGUGAUGGAAGGUGGGGAGCUGGAUGGGAUGGGCACAAAGGGCCAGGCGGAUCUUGACGAUGCGCAGAAUAAUGCUGGUGGCGUGGGACUUACGGAGGAGAAUGGGGGAGACAUUGGUCUUUCGGUGGAGUGA